GCGUGCGCGCUGCAAGCCGGCGGCAAGAUGGCGGCGGCGGCGGAAGAACAGAGCCCGGCGGACGGCACGGCGGCGUCUCCAUCGCCGUCGCCGCCGCCGCCCGACGGGGCCGAAGAGCCGGGAAAAGAGGACGAGGAGGAGGAGGAGGGCAGGCCGGGCCCCAGCAGCAGCCGCGCCGGGUUCCGGGUGACGGCGGUGCGGCGCGAUCCGGCGGUGCGGCUGCAGCACAGCGUGAGCGGCUCGGAGCCCCUUGCCUGGUCCGAGGACCACCGGGUGUCGGUCAGCACCGCCCGCAGCGUGGCCGUCCUCGAGCAGCUGAGCGACGUCCGCGGAGGAGGCGGCGAUCUCGUCAUCCAUCGCACGGCCGUGCCGGCCCCCAACGCCGCCUGUCACCUCAAGGUUGGCUCCAAAAUGGAAGUCGCUGAAUGCAAACACAAGUUCGCGAAUUCCAACGAUCCGGUCGUCAGCCAGACCUUCACCUUAGACAGAGUCUUCAAUCCCGAAGGGAAAUCGCUGUCCUCCAUGCGAGGCUUCAGAUACUGCAGCUGGUCUCCUCUGGGCUGUGACGCCAACGGCCGGUGUCUCUUAGCCGCGUUGACCAUGGACAAUCGACUGACCAUCCACGCUAACCUGAACAGGUUUCAGUGGGUGCAGUUGGUUGACUUGACCGAACUCUACGGAGAGUGCCUGUACGAAAACAGCUACAAACUCUGUAAGACGCAGGAAGCUUCGCAAGAAGAUUUGGGGAACUUCGCUGAAUUCCAGAGGAGACACAGCAUGCAGACUCCGGUCCGCAUGGAAUGGUCCGGCAUUUGCACCAUCCAACAGGUGAAGCAUAACAACGAGUGCCGGGACGUGAGCAGCGUCCUUUUGGCCGUGAUCUUUGAAAACGGGAACAUCGCCGUCUGGCAGUGCCAACUUCCUUUCCUCGGCAAAGAAUCCAUCUCGUCUUGUAAUACCAUCGAGUCGGGCAUCGCUUCCCCCAGCGUCUUGGCCUGGUGGGAGUACGAGCACAGCAACAGGAAAAUGAGCGGGCUGAUCGUGGGCAGCGCUUUCGGGCCGGUGAAGAUCCUCCCGGUCAACCUCAAAGCGGUCAAAGGUUACUUCACCUUGAGACAGCCAGUGGUCCUGUGGCAGGAAGUGGAUCACUUGCCCGUGCAGAAUAUCAAAAACAUCCCGCUCUAUCACCCCUACCAGAAAUGUAGCUGCAGCCUCGUGGUGGCGGCAAGGGGGUGUUACCUCUUUUGGUGCCUCCUCUUGAUAUCCAAAGCAGGCUUGAACGUCCAUAACUCCCACGUGACCGGACUCCACUCCCUGCCCAUCGUCUCCAUGACCGCCGACAAGCAGAACGGCACCGUCUACACGUGUUCCGUGGAUGGGAAGGUCAGGCAGCUGAUUCCCAUCUUCACCAACCUCGCCCUCCGGUUCGAGCACCAGCUGAUCAAGCUAUCGGACGUGCUGGGCUCCGUCCGCAGCCACGGCAUCGCCGUCAGCCCCUGCGGCGCCUACCUGGCCGUCAUCACCACCAAGGGCAUGGCCAAUGGGCUCCACCCUACCACCAGAACCUAUCAGGUUCAGUUUGUCACCCUGAAGACGUGCGAGGAAGCCGCCGCCCAGUUGCUGGAAUCGUCCGUCCAGAACCUUUACAGGCAGGUCGACCUCACCGAUCUGGUGCGUUGGAAGAUCUUGAAAGAGAAGCAGAUCCCGCGCUUUCUGCAGGACGCCCUGGAUCAGAAGAUCGAGCGUUUGGGGUCCACGUACUUCUGGCGCUUUAAGCUCUUCCUCCUGCGGGUUUUGUCGCAGUCGCUGCAGACCCCUCCUUCGGAGGCCCUGUGGAGGCCCACGCACGAGGACACCAAGGUCUUAAUAGUAGAUUCCUCUGAGACAGGUGGCAGUGAGGAACAGCCUUCAGAACAGGGUGGGCAGGGUCCGAGUGAGGCCCACAAAAACCAGGACUCUCAGCCGGCCCCCUCGACUGGUAGGGCCCAGGAGCAGCAGACAGAAGAGAAGGUUCUGGAGAUCCAGGCCCAGAUGGAAGCGGUCGAAAUGCACCUGACGCGAGAACAUAUGAAGCAGGUGUUGGGUGAGGUCUACCUCCAUACGUGGAUUACGGAGAACACCAGCAUUCCCACCAGGGGCGUCUGCGAUUUCUUGACCUCUGAUAAAAACCACGAGGACAGGACAGCGCGGGUGCUGAUCGGGCAUAUUUUAAAGAAAAUGAACAAGCAGACAUUCCCGGAACGUUGCAGUUUAUGCAAAGAGAUCCUGCCCUUCACAGACCCCAAACAGGCAGUUUGCUCCAACGGACACAUUUGGCUCAGGUGCUUUUUAACCUAUCGGGCCUGCCAGAGUUUAGUUUACAGGAGGUGCUUGCUCCGAGAUAGCAUCGCUCGCCAUUCCACUUCAGAAGAUCCUGAAUGGAUCAAGAGAUUACUGCAGGGGCCCUGCAUUUUCUGUGACUCGCCCGUUUUCUAGAGAAUGACUCAAAGACGAUGAGUUUUGGAGCACUAGUGCAACACCCAGGGUUUAGGGCUGCGCGAAAGCUCGCUCCGACUUGAAAAUCUGCAGAUUUAAACUAGAGAAGCUCAGCCUCUUUCCGGGAAACGCAAAGGUCUUUUCUUGAAUCCGCACCACCGCCGUUGUUUGGAAUGCUUCUGGACUCUAUUCAGAUUCAAGGUCGCCGUUUGGUGGGUUUUUGACCAUUAAAGUUCUGGAAUCAAAGACCGUCUCGUUCCACCAAGGGAUGCUACGCAUCGGAGCAAUGCUAUCAUCGUCCAAUCGAGUAGAUAGUCCUUGACGGCCAGCGUGCAACCUGGGCUCUGCUACUUUCCUUCGUUAGCGCCUGAGGCGGGGGUCUGCAACCUGAAACACUCAAAAGAGCCAUUUGGACCCGUUUCCCACCGAAAAGAAAAACACCGAGAGCCACAAAACCUGGGUGGGCGUGGCCAAUGUGAUGUCACUCACUUCCACCAGUCACAUGACACCCCCCAGCCACACCUACCCAGGGCAUUAGGGCAGAGAACCGGUUGUUAAAAAACAGCAGGAACCAUUAAACCCUUUUGACAUCUCCCUCCCUCUCCCCCCACCUCUCUCUCUGUAUCUCGCUAUGUCUCUCUUUCUCCCUCUCUCUCUGUAUCUCUCUGUCUCUGCCCCAGCCACUUCAUCCCCCCCGCCGUCACCCUUACCUUCUCAGGCCAGGUGAGGAGUGACUGGGAGGGGAGGACGAGGGGCGGGGCCAGCCAGUGGUGGGAUCUACCUGACGGAGCCACAGCAGAGGGACCAAAGAGCCGCAUGCGGCUCUGGAGCCGCAGGUUGCCGACAUCCUGCCAGUUCAAUGAGUACAGAUAACGAAAGGGUUUUUGAACCGUUUCAGGAAACAAACCAACAAAAAACUCACAUGCCUGUCGUCAGUGAAGAAAAAUUGACAAACCUGUGCGAGACCUCCUCCAAAAAAAAAAACUUCCUGGCAGCUAAAUAGCCCUCCGAACCAUUAUUUUAAAUGAGCCAAUUGCGUGCGAUUGUAAUUUUUUUUUUUUUUUAAAGCAUCCGUGUUUCGACUUUUAAUUUCCUUGGCUGCAGUCGGUCAAUCGUUCUUCUACCGUCGCCUCAAAUGUCGUUUGUUAAUCCCGGUUUAUCACGCUGUGUGUUUGUGGGAAUACAAACACACACACACACAUACCCAACAUGUUUAGAAAAUUCUCACCAGCUCAGACCUUGUUCUGAGCAAUUCGGGGUUCUUUAAAGAAAAAAAAAAAAGAAAGACAAUUUUCACCCGGUUCCCGUCUCUCGUUGAACUUUUUUCUCUGUUGCUUGAAAAGCGAAGGCAGAAAAUUAAACUCUCGCCCUGAGGAACGCGUUGAUGUUUCUACCCCAUCCAAAUCAAAAGCAGCGUUAAGAAAAAUUUCCAGGGGUUCCUCUUUUCCUUUCAAGAUGAUACUUGACUAUAAACGUUGGCGUGUGUUUGUGUGCGUGGGUGAAAUCGUUUGAAAAUGUGUUUUGUCUACUGUCACAGCCACUACGUGACGUCAAACCGUUUGUAAAUAAAGCGACGCGCAACUUUGCCGGUGUGGUGCGUUAACGAAAUGUUGACUCUCCUGUUGUGUGAUCACCACAUAGGGUAGGACGCCUUGUAUAUAUGUUGUGUAGGUGGUGGUCUCGGGUACGGCAAGCGCUGAGGAAUUUUGACACUUUCCACGAAAAAAGAAAAAUGAAUAAAAAAACCUUUUUUCAGUGGUUCUCCUGCUUUAUUGUUUUGGUUCUGUUUCCCUUAAAAAUGGUGCUUUUUAAUGGUAAUUACAUCUCCCACCGUUUUCUCAAGCGAUUCCCCCCACACACACACUUUUAACUUUACAGGUAGUCCUCAACUUACAACCGUUUAUUUAGUGACCGUCUGAAAUUCCCCAAAACACUGGGGAAAAAAAUAACGAUCGGUCCUCCACGCC